UUCUCACGGGUCCUCCCGUUCCCUUUACACGGAAACGACAUUUCCCGGAUUCCCAUCUCGCGAGGAGCCCUAAUUUUCUUCCAUGCCGGUCGCUUCUCUCACGCUCUUCCGCCGCCAUGUCUCGCUGACGCCGAGCAGUAGAUCGGAAAUCGAAGGCAGCAGAUCGCCUCCCUGUUAGAUCGAUUGGGCACCGACUCACCGGAAGCGCUGCCAGAAUUCGCAGGCGCGCUGAUAUCAGUCCCAGUAGCGGCUAUUCAAGGGUACAAAGCCUUCCAUCUUGGUGGUUGUACCUGUCAGAAGUAUAAGAUAUAAAAUAUUUUGAAGGUGGCAAAAUGUCUGAGAAUGUAAGAAGACGGAUGUCUAAAUGGGAUGUAGUGGUGGAAGAAUCUAAUUUUUUAGAUGAGAAUAGACAAGAUAGAAUGCCACCUGUUAAAGCAGAUGAUCUUUCUAAGGAAACAGUAUCAAAGUCGGAUCUGAAUGAUGGUGAACAACUUCCUUUAUGGCACGACAUGAAAAAUGAUGAUAAUGUGAAAAAAGACAUUUCUCAACAUGACAAAGUACCUAUGAGGUUUCCUGAGCUGGAUGAUAAGAUCAUACGACCAUCAAGAAAUUCUUCUCACAUGGAUGAAUCACCUAAGCGGGCUUUCAUGGAACAAUAUGACUCAAAAAAGUCAUCUUGGGAACCAGAUUCUGAAAGUGAAACAUUAAAAUAUGCUGAAGCUAAUAGGGAGCUAGGUGAACCAGAUUCAUCUUUUGUUCAGGAUUAUACUUCAGGUGUGUCCCCCGGUCCUGAUGCAUGGAGGCGACGCAGUCGCAAUGUCUCUCCAAGAGGUGGUUGGAGAAGGUCAGGCAGGAGCAGGAGCAGGAGCAGGAGCAGGGGCAGGGGCAGGAGCAGGAGCAGGAGCAGGAGCAGGAACAGGAACAGGAGUAGGAGCAGGAGCCGAAGCUGGAGCCGAAGCCGAAGCCGGAGCCCUUUUGGUAUAAAGCGAGGAUCAGAGAGGUGGUCCGACAGAGGAAGAAACAUAGCAGGAGGGCAGGCUCCACCUUGUAGAGAUUUUGCAUCAGGUCAUUGUAGGAGAGGCAGUCAAUGCAGGUUUCUUCAUGAAGAUGGUGGCCGUGGAGAGUUUGAUAGGCAUAACACACAUUCAAGAGAAACUAAUCUGGAAAGGGGAAGGUUCUCAUGGCAUAAUGGCAAGGAGAAUUUGUCUGGUUCAUGGGAUCAAACUGAUUAUGCACGAAAUAAGCCAUUUCAAAGGCAACGUAGUCACUAUGAUGAUGGUGACAGGGAGAAACCUGAGUUACAUAGAAGCAACAAGCCUGCCGAGUUGUGUUAUGAUUUUACAAAAGGGAGAUGCCAGAGGGGUUCAUCAUGCAGAUAUCUUCAUCAAGAAGCUUCCUCCCGUGGUGGAUGGAGCAUGAAAAAUGAGGCCAGAGAAGAUAACUAUGAUAGAAGGGAUCAAGAUGCAUCUUUUGGCCAAAAAAUCGAGUCUCGCAAGGUAAAUGACCCACCAUGCAAGUAUUUUGCUGAAGGGCGUUGCCGCCGUGGUCAAAAUUGCAAGUUUUCACAUCAGGGCCUUGAUAGUCAUCUGGAAGGCAAGCCACAUGAUGGUAGAUGGGAUUAUGAUCAGAUCACUGGUGAUAAUUUGUCAAAGAGUGCUUCAGAGUUGGGUGGCCAAACAAUUGCCGUAGAUAAAAUCACUCCUACUCGGUGGAAUAGUGGUAAUGAUGGUGUUAGAUCUGCUGCUCCUCAGUUUAUAGAGAUGGGAGAUUUUACACAUCCUCAACAUCAACAAACCCAUGGAACCGAAGAUGAUGGUGGUCAAACCUUUAGACCGGAAGGCUGUCAAAAACCAGCUUCCCAAGAGCAGAACAUAACCCAUGACGUCGCUGGGCCUCAUCAACAUGCUUCAUCUGUCUCUAUGCAGGUUAUGGCCCAAAAUGCUGAUAAACAGCAGUAUCCUGACGAUGUUGAGAUGUUAUGCCAGGAAGGCGGGAGUGUGAUCACGAACAACAUUGGAGCAAAACCAGAGAUGAACUCAGUCAAUAGUAUGCUCACUGUGGCUCCUAUCACUGAAAAAAGUUUUACUCAGAGUGGACCGAGUCAGUAUGUCGUUCCUCAGCUUCUUCGUACACAAAGCUUUACCCCUAAUGUCCAGAUUCCUCAGGUUGUUGCUCCACUGCAUUUCAGUAAGCAAAUGCAGCAAGUUGUUUAUCCAAUGCCUCCAAAUGGCCAAAGUCAGUUCGUUGUUCCACUGACCCCUUCAGAUGCACAACAUUUAAAUCAUAGCAUGUUGAACCAGCCUGCUCUUUCUCUGCCACAUGCUGUUAAUAACCAGCAAAAUUUUGGAGAGCAGACUCAACAGAGUGCCCCUCCAUCCCCUCAUAAUGGACCAAGCCAACACAAGUUGAAUCUCAGUGGUCCUAACCCUCAAUUCCUUCUGUCAUCUGUGAAUGGACAAAAUCAGCAUAACUUGAAUCCCAGUGGUCAGAUUCAGCAGAAUGUUCUGCCUUUUAAUGGGCAGAGCCCUCGGAACAUUGCUCUUAUGGGCCAGAGUCACCAGAGCCAUGUGCCACCUCAAAAUGGCCAGAGUCAAGAGAAUGUUCAGUUACUUGCUCCUAACAAGCAAAAUCCUGUCCUUGAGCCUCCAUCAGACAACAGUUUUAUAUCGGAUAAUCAUCAGACAAGCUCACAGAAUAUACCAGGGGAGGGAUUGUAUUCAAGGGCAGGUUCAGCUGAAACUAAACCAUCACCGAUAAGUUCUGGUUCUGUCAUCUCGCAUAAAGUAGUAACCAGUGAGCAGGCUGCACGAAUUACUGACCUUUCAGCAUCUUUAGCACAGUUCUUUGGAAAUGGCCCUUUACAUGUUGCUACUUUAGGAGUGCCGCCAUCACAACCUUCUUUGGGUUCUAGUUCUGCUGUGCUUCCUGCAGCUGCCUUUCCACCAUCUAUUCAUCCCAGUCAAGCUGUUUCUGAUAGUGUGGGAGCUAUUAAUCCUGACAUCAAUAACCUUCCUGGCAAUCCCAGAAUGGAGGAAUCAGACACAAAUUCUAAAAGCUUGCUCUCAGUGUCUGUUACUGAUCAUAUUGGUGAACAGAACAUUGAUGCCAAGCAGGUGGAGCCAACUGAUGGUGAUCCUUCGAAGGAAGUAAAUGUAACAGACACUGGAGGACGAGGCAAGAAAGAAGAGAAAGCUCACUUAGGGGACGUCGAUGCAGAUGUUGCUGAUGGAGCAAAUAAACAAACUAAGGAUGCGAAGGGAAGUAAGAUGUUUAAGUGUGCACUUGUGGAAUUUGUGAAGGAUUUACUAAAACCCGCAUGGAAGGAAGGUCAAUUAAGCAGAGAAGCUCACAAGACCAUAGUUAAGAAAGUAGUUGAUAAAGUGACCAGUGCAGUACAGGGCCCUAAUAUCCCUCAGACUCAAGAGAAAAUUGAUCUUUAUUUGGUCCACUCUAAAGCCAAGCUUAGCAAACUUGUGCAGGCUUAUGUAGAAAAGUAUGUGAAGAACUAAGCCCCAUGUUCGAUGCUGCUAUUUAUCUGUUAUCCUUGUCAGAUCAGUCUCUCAUUUUUUUCACGUCAGCAAAAUGUUGGGUUAAGUUCUAUAACUCUGUAAGGUUUUUUCUGGUUAUUGCAGUUAACGUUUCUGAUCAAUAGAACGGUGGCAAAAUCCAUAAUGUUCUUAUUGGUGCUGGUGGGAGAUUAUUGAUCAAAAUGUUAUGUAUACUUGGAAUCAUACUGGUGAUGAGGCAUUGAGGCUUGUUCUUUCCCCCCUAUUUUGCUCUUUGAAAUGGAGUGCUAGCCAAUCAUUUUCA